AUGAGCGGAGUACCGGGCAAGAAGAGCUCGUCCGGCUCGUCAAGCGCGACAGAUUGGAUCAGUUUGGCUUGUAAAUUUGCAACAGACAGAAAUGAUUUCAGGAGGAAUCUUCUGGUCAACUUGGGGUUGUUUGUGGCCGGUGUUUGGAUUGCCAGAAAUCUCUCCGAUUUUGAUUUGAUGGCUCCUCAGCCUGCAACGUAACAAUGCCUCAUCCUGUACAUGUGACCAAGGCAACUGCAACAUGGGCGGCAGAUGCAACCAGCCAUAAAAGUUGCCUGUACUCAUUUAGCAUCCCGGCCAUCCUACAAAAUGAGUCACUAUCCAGUCUGGAGGAGUGGAAGCUUGGCCUUCAAGAGAGAUUCCA